AACCGGUCUUAAUUGAUUGAUUGGGAAGAAAGUGAAUACAGCUGUUUUGAACGUUUCGGAACCGAGUAGGACAGAAAAACUUUAAGAUGGACGGCUUUCAAGAAAUUGUUUCCCCUUUCUCCAGCUUUAUGGUCGACUCCUAUCGUCUGGUUCGACGUUGUACGAAGCCCGACCGUCGAGAAUUCCUCAAGAUUGCCGGCGCAACUGCUGUUGGAUUUUUGGUGAUGGGCUUUAUUGGCUUUUUUGUACGCUUAAUACAUAUACCCGUGAACAACAUUCUAUUGAGCUGAAUGGGCCCAGCGUCAAUGGUUUCUUUUGCCAUGUGACAUCAGUAAUAAACUAUCACCGUUUCUUGUCUA